CAGAGAGACUGUAGUCAGUCGGCUCUCACCCAUGUAUGAGUUUGUUUCCUCUACGCUGAUCAAGAUGAAGCUGUGUUUGAUUCUCGUCUGUGCAGCUCUUCUCUACACAGAGGCUAAAAUUGUGCACAAGGACAUUACAGUAAGCCUGUGCUCUGAUACCUUCCGCGAAUACAUGUACGGACUUGAUGGAGAAGAAAAGUACCACGCUGACUUCACGAAGGGGGAGGGGGUGAUGACGCUGCCGGACUUCGCGGAUCCGUUCUUAUAUCCAGUGGGAUUCUAUCAGCUGAGUCUCGGUGACAUGGAAGUCUGUCGAAACAACCUGGACUUCUGUGCAAAAAGAUUCAAUUACCCAGCAGAACCCAAAGAUGCCCCCCAAAGCUCACUCUACUCCAAGAACGAUGUGGAGCUGGGCUCUAAUAACACCCUCGUCUGUUACAUCACUGGAUUCUACCCACCCCAUGUUGGGGUUUCAUGGACCAAGAACAAUGUAAACAUUACAGAUGGAGCUUCUCUCAGCAGAUAUUACAUAAACAGUGAUGGAACCUACAAAGCAGUCUCCACUCUGAGCUUCAUACCAGAGGAGGGCGACAUCUACACCUGCACUGUGGACCACACAGCCCUGGACAGAAGACUGACCAAAACAUGGGAUGUGCAGGUCACUCAGCCCAGUGUGGGUCCGACUGUGUUCUGUGGAGUGGGUCUGGCUGCAGGACUGCUGGGAGUCGCUGUUGGAACUUUCUUCCUCGUCAAAGGAAUCAACUGCAACUGAGAGUCUGACUGUAAACUUUACAACAAAGCAGUGGCGAACCACUAGAGCUGGGCCUUCACCAUUAAAGCUAUGAAAUCAAAGCCUGCCUUUAUAAUAAUGCUAAUUUCUGCUAGCCCCCUGUGGGGGUUUUAAUGAUAUGUUAGCACUAAGCUGAUACUAAUACACCUUAAUAUUUUUUGACUGUUCUAGAUUAUACAUGGGCCUUUGAAGCUUGUAAAAGACAUAUAUGUGUAUAUAUGUAUGUAUCAGUGUUACAGUGACUCUUUCUUUAAAGAGUCCAGGCUGCCGCCGCUGUUUUCCAUCCCUAACAACUAAACCCAAACCUGCUUAGACUGACGCAUAUCGCUGCUGUCAGAAGAAAACAUUGUGUCUCCAAAAUGGUAACUUUACAGGAGAAGGAAAAAACCUGUUUUACUUUUCAUGUAAGUCAAUGGAACCAGACGUUUUUCCAAGCCAUUUUGGCUUGUUUCUUUUAGUCCAUUCAUCAUGAAAUUUACAAACAAUGUAAAGGCCGACAGGUAGUUUCAAAUUAUGUCAAAAACUGAAAAAUGACAAAAAUGGUCAGUGGUGGGUCUAAAACUUCCAGAAGGUCUACAGUGACAUUUUUCUCACAAAAUUUUCCCACCCAUAAAUGAAAACAUGGUUGGUUGAAUCCACAGUCUUUCCCAUGCUAAUUAUAUAGGUAGUAAUUUAACGUGUAAGGCCUUCAGUCCAGCUCCUCAAGUCCUAACCAAUGGGAGAGCUUGCUUGGCUUUAUCUACCUAUACCACAGAGAAAAUAAUACUGAUUUGGACAACUUUCUUCUGGGUGUUUUUUCAAGAUAGGAAUACUUUUGUUUCGAACUAAAGCUGCAAUAUGACAAUUGUACAAUACUACAAAAGGAGUUAUAAUAAUACAAUUAAAAUGAACUAAAAUCACAGCCAUGUACAUUUUGCUUGCUAGAAAUCAUUAGGCCUUCUGGGCAGCCCUGAAAGUCUCUCUGCAGAAAACUACAUGUUUUGUUUUUUUUUGCUUAUUCACAUUCUUACAAUCUGUUAUACUAUAUUUGUGGAUGUUUAGUAGCAUAAAUAUACCGGAAUACAUGUGUAAACCAACUGCAUCAGUUUUGUGAUCUGCUUGUUGACUGUCAGUUAUUUUCAAGCUGAUGAUUAGAGAGAAUCUCUCAAGUGUAAAUUUGACCAAAUUGUUUUUUUGCAAAGCAAAAUGUAAAUGACAAACAAAAAUCAGAAAUCUGUCUCAAUUAAAGAUCAAA